AUGAACUUUCAAACGUUGACUUCUCAGAUAGAGCAUCUGGGAAACUCUGGAAUAAUAUUGAGUCCUGAACAGAAGGCUCUGCUGGAAGUGUCUCUCCCAGUUUUGAAAAACGAUGAAAAGUUAACAAAUUUGCAAUUUUGGGGUAAAAUCAGGGGGGUUAAUUCAGAUUAUUUCAUUACAAAAGGUUUUGGAAAUAAUUAUUUUGGCCCGAAGAGAUAUUUCUACAGUCAGGACUGUUUAAGCUGGGGAAUACUGAACCCGCCUGACAAGGAAAUGGUUAAAAAGUCAAAACUCGUUCAUGAAAUGUUAACAGGUGAUCCCACUUUUGUCAGCGAAUCAAAAGUUUUCACUCAACCUGAUGAACAAGAAACCGAAGAAAUCAUGGUGACAAUGAAAGAAGAGGACAGACUGGCUUGCGUGAUUCAAAGAAUUGAAAAGGACGUUUUUAUAGUGCCUAGGAAGGCCUUCAUUAAAUUAUCCAACGGAGAUGUCAUUCCUAAUAGGAGUUUUGAAGGCCUAGAAGCGUCAGAAGCUUGCCAGUUUUAUAACUUCAUGCACUUCAGAAAGGAACGUAUGCAUUCGAAAGUCUUCAAUAGACCUGACAUCGAAAAAUCGAUCGACUUCAUGGAUACGAUUGAGGACGAUAUCCCUAAAGGUUCAUGGAGUUUGCAGAUGGAGAACGGAGAGACAUUGGUCACUUUGAAGAGUCUACUCUGGUUGGGUUUGGUUUUUUAUCACGUUGUAGGCACAAAACAAUUUGGUUGUUCAUAUUUCGGCUACGGAGAUUACAACAUUGACCUUCCAUUCAUGUUGUAA